UAUGAAACACAAAGUAGCCACUGGAGUUAGAGGAUUCUGUUUCGAAUUUUUCGAGGAAGUCUGCGAUGGAGAUAGCGGGGAUUAGGUUUUUCGUUUCUCGAUCUGGGUUUUCAGCUUCUUACUUCUCUGUCGCUUCGCCUCCCUCCCUUCCCCACCAUGUACAGAGAUAGCACAACGUAUCCUUCGAAGCUUUUCUACAGUUGAGAAUCCAGAUGCAACACCACCAGCAAAAACCCACCUCGGUCGUCACCUUCUCCCCGAUCUCACCUAGCUUCAAUUUGUACUCUAACUCCGACGACGAAACCCUUGUCGAGCUACAGUAGUGCGAUUCUCCAGCUACGACGACAGGGCAUCUUCUACAGUCGUCCACAGUGCUUCAAUUACGGCAACGAUUGGGAUUCUCAAGUCUCAAGAUCUGGAUUUUUGAAGGAGUAAGUCCGCUGGAGAUAGUGCGGCUUGGAUUUCGUUUUCGCGAAGAUAGCUUGCUUAGAAAUCGAACUGAGCUUCUAGAUCUGCUCUCAAGGAAAAGAAAGGCGGAGCCGAGUCGACAACCACCGCCGCCGACCAACUUUCCUAGCGCGAGCUUCCUUCUCCUCUCUGGCUUUCGCCUUUUCUCCCACCAGUUUUCUCCUUACCUCACACACAAAUACCUUUAUUUGGUUUAAUGGCAGAUCGAUGCCGAGAGAAACGGGAAUGCGAUUGGUGUUCUUUUUUUUGUUGGUAGGAAUCGAUUUGGCAUUCUUUACUUGUCUGGGUAAGGGGAAGUGGGGAAUUGGGUUGAACUUCAACAUCGAAGAAAGAGGAAGAGGAAGACGGAGAAGGGUAAAAAGGUUUUAGCAAUUUUCUAUCAAUUAAAAAAAUGAUAAUUUCAAUCUGACAUAUCUUUUCAUGAAAAAUUGCCACGUCAGUAAAAAUCGUUAGUCCAGUCAGCAUUAAUUACUGUUCCGUUAAAGUUAUUGACGAAAUGGCUAUAUCUGUGUAUUUUUCAAAAUCUGGCUAUUAUUGUCACAAAGUGCAAAUUUAUGGCUAUCCAGGUGUAUUUUGCCAUUACUAUUAAAUAACAUGAUAUGACCAAUUGAAAUGUAUGAACUAAAUAAUAUGAUACCCGAACUAGAACCAAACUUACGAGCUUAUUGAUGACUCGAACUCAAUUAGAACUCGCGAACUCGUUAAUGCGUCAACUCGAAGUGAGCUCAAGUCAAAUACGAGCCAAUAUUUUAAAUAAACAAAUCGAAUAACUCGACUAGUUUAUUAACAAGUUAAUCUCAAAAUAACCCAAAUUCAACUUGACUCAUUGAGCUGGUGGAAUUGAAAAGGAACAAAAUGUUCCACUUCUCCCCAUCCAUCGCUAACCACAAAACCGAUUCAUCCAUUAUUGUCCAUACUUGCUUGUUCAACUCAGUUUUGAGAAAAAGUUAAUUAGUAUGUGUUACUCCAAAUAAGAUUUUAUAUCACUAACGAAUGUGAGCAAGAGGCCGAUUGUUGUUUGUAGCUACUUGCAGAGUAGCAUCCAAGGCCGAUCAAUCUGCUACAAUAAUCCACCUCCUAAUUAACACGCCACCGUCUGCCGGUCGGCAAUGGAUCCACUGGCCACUAUAAAUUCCAAGCUCCAUUUCCCCCCCAAAAUCCCAACUCACCCUCCGCCAUUAUUUCCCAACAAAGAACCCAAACAAAAAAAAUUCGAUACGAUGAAUCCCGCCGCCUUCCUAACCUUCCUCCUCAUGAUCACACUCAGCCCCGUCCUCACCGCCGCUGGGCGCCCGCCGCUCCGCGAUACCCACGGCAACCUCGUCGAGUCCGGAAGACAAUACCUCAUCGUCCCGGCGACCUACUACGGCGGCGGCGGCGGGGGGCUGACCUUAGCCGCCGGCGCCCCCACCAACAACAACCACACCCAUGCCUCCUGCCACGUCAGCAUAAUCCAAGCCAACAACCCGACUUCCCACGGCCUCCCCGUCACAUUCACCCCCCGCGACAACAAGCAGUACCGCCCCGUGACCAUCUUCGGCGCCAUGGAUCUGAACAUCCAGUUCGCGGCUUCCUCGGCCUGCGCGAGAUCCACGGUGUGGAAGGUGAGCGGGUCCCAUCAACGGUUUGUGUCGGUCGGCGGCGAGAAGGAGAUUGACCAUCACCGAUCCUCGGCGUCGAAUUGGUUCAAGAUCUUUAGGGUGAAGCAGCAGCACAACAAUCAUGGUGGAAAGGCCCCGCCGGUUUUGUUCAAGAUCGUCGCCUGCUCGUCGGCAUGCAAGGACUGCCACGUGUCGUGCAAGGACGUCGGGGUCGUUGUCGACGCGAAGACUGGGGCCCGCAGGCUUGCUCUUGCUAAUCAUGGGCCUCUGCUGGUCCAGUUCAAGAAGGUCUGAGGGGCAGCGCUACUGUUGUUUGUUUCUUUAUUUGUGGCAUUAGCGUUUGGGGGAUAAGAGAUAUCAGGCGGCUAUGUGCUUUUUUCAUUUGUGUUUGUUUUCCUUUUGGGCGGGUGCCGGCCGGGUGGUGUAACAAAUCUGUUUUCUAGCGCGAGCAUUCCAGCUCUACGUGUUAUUAUUAUCUGAUAGUAUUUUCGACUUCUUUCUAGCGUGCGCAUUCCAGUUCUAGUGGUGUUGAUCAUAUGAAGAUCUAAUCACGUCAAAGCCCGGAGAGAAGGCUUGUCACGGCAACAUAGUACGAAUUUCAAAUCAUAAAACAUAUUACAUGAUAGUACUCUCGGCAAUUUUUCUAGCAUUGAGCUUUGUUCGAGCUCUAGUAGUACUUACUGCCAAACACAUGAAGAUCUAUUACCUACACAGUACUCAUGAGUGACACAAUCAAAGAUUAAGCCUAGA